AUGGAUAGUGACGAGUUCGACGAUCAGGAGCCCGUCAAAAAGGCCAAGAAGUGUGUCGGCCAGGCUAGUAAGAAGGGCAAGGAGAAGAAGACCAGCCUAUCUGACGAGCCUGUCAGCGAUGGCUUUACAGCCGGAGCCAAACUCGAUGAUAAUGGUGUCGCUACCGAGACAAGAUAUCCUGUCGAAGUACCCUUUCUCGUCACCAAUGCAUACACAAACAUCCAGACUUUCACAGAGCUACAUGAGGAGUACUAA